AUGCCAAGCCGCAUUCCGGAGGUUUGGGAGGAAUGGCAAGAAGCAAUGUCCCUUGCAGAUGACAACCCGCGAAGCCAACAACAACUCCUACAAACCAUAUCUGCUGCCCGCCGUCGUCGCAAUUCCCACGACACUAUCAAUACGACUUCCCCGCAGAAUUUCGGACCCGCCAGGACCAUGCCGUUUGUGUACAGUCUCAUGGAUCAACGCAGUCUUCAGGAUUACAUCCUCCGUUAUCCCGACUUCUGCGACUCUUCGCAUCCAGAGACGAUGCAAAAUUCACCGGAAGGGUUCGCAGAAGGGCUGUGUUUCUUGAGGGCUCUUCCUCGGAUUGUUCUAUCGGUCAAGGAUCAGGCGUCGAGAGAGGACAGGACGAAGACUUCUUCAUCAGGCAGUGGACACAGUGAUGGCUUUGUGGUGCAAUUCAGAGAGUGGCUAAAUCCAGGGCCGAACAGCAGGAACGGCGGACCUGAUGGGCAGAAUCUCGGCAGCCGGGCGGAAGGUGGAGACUCGUCGCAAUUGAGAACCUGUAUCGACAUGACCUUGGCGGCGUCGGAAGUGGUCUUGGACGAUCUGAUGGGGCGAAUUAUAACCGUGGAGGGUAUCAAAUAG